CACAUUUCCUUUUCCUCCCUGUUUCUCACACUUCGGACUUGUGAACUUGCUUGAGAUGAAGUUUUCUAGGCUGUUUAUGGCGCUCAACGUCUCCAAGCGCCGCUACUCAACCAUGACCAACACCGUCAUUGGUAAUGUAGAUUGCAAGAAGACGAUGGUGGAGAAUAGAGCAAAGAAAUGGGGUUUCGAAGGGCAGACGGAGCUAAAGGCAACAUCAGCCGUUACCGUCCGGGGAGUUCUCAACAUGUUAAUGGAAGGCCUCAACAAAGAAGACAGCAGGCCAGUCAUUCCUCUUGGUCACGGCGAUCCCUCCCAUUUUCCAAGCUUCAGGACCGCGGCUGUAGCUGAAAAUGCCAUCAUCGAUUCCCUACGAUCGGCUAAAUAUAAUUGUUAUUCACCCACUGUUGGCGUUUCUUCUGCCAGGAGGGCUAUUGCAGAUUAUCUUAGUCGUGAUCUUCCAUACACAUUAUCACCAGAUGAUGUUUACCUUACAAUCGGAUGUACUCAAGCAAUAGAAAUUGCAUUAGCAGUCCUUGCUCGCCCAGGUGCCAAUAUUUUGCUUCCCAGACCGGGCUACCCCUACUAUGAAGCUUGUGCUGCCUAUAACGGUCUCGAGGUCCGUCAUUUUGACCUUCUCCCUGAAAAGGAGUGGGCAGUUGAUCUCAAUGCUGUUGAGACUCUUGCAGAUGAGAACACUGUUGCAAUGGUCAUUAUAAACCCGGGAAAUCCUUGUGGAAAUGUCUUCAGCUAUGAACAUUUAAAAGAGAUUGCUGAGACAGCUAGAAAUCUAGGAGUUUUGCUGAUUGGUGAUGAAGCUUAUGACAAUCUAGCAUUUGGAAGCACUCCAUACGUGCCGGUUCGAGCAUUUGGGUCAACUGUGCCUGUUCUUACCCUUGGAUCAAUAUCAAAGAGAUGGAUUGUUCCGGGUUGGCGCCUCGGUUGGCUUGUGACAAGUGAUCCAAAUGGCAUUCUUCGAAAAUCCGGGCUAGUUGAUUCAAUUACUGGAUUCCUCAAUAUCUCCUCUGAUCCAGCUACAUUUAUUCAGGCGGCUGUUCCUCAAAUCCUUUCGGACACAAAGGUGGACUUUUUUUCUAAGAUUAUCUGCAUGCUAAGGGAAGCUGCAGAUAUGUGCUACAAUGGUGUUAAGGAGAUACCCUGCAUAUCUUGCCCGAAGAAACCAGAAGGGUCGAUGUCUGCAAUGGCGAAGUUGAAUGUAUCAAUGCUGGAAGACAUUAAUGAUGAUAUAGAGUUCUGCUUGAAGUUAGCUGAAGAAGAAUCGGUCAUUGUUCUGCCGGGGGUAGCAGUGGGAUUGAAGAAUUGGCUCCGCAUUACUUUUGCUGUUGAGCCUUCAAUUCUGGAAGAAGGGUUAGCGAGGAUAAAAGUGUUUUGCCAACGACAUGCCAAGAAGGCACCGAGUGGCUUUCACUGAUUGAUUAAUCUAGAAUCCGCAGGUAAGAGCUUUAGCGAUGCGAUUUAGGCUUAAGUCCACUUGUUUAAUAAAUAUCCUUCUCUUAUGUGCAAGU